GCCCCUGCCGCUAACGCUCCGCAGCCCCGGCUGCCCAUGGGGAGGAAGCGGGCGCGGAAAAAGGAGACAGAACAGGGAGGGGAAGCCCGCAGCGAACGCGGGAGCCGCGCCACAGCAACACCGCUCAGGGCGGUCGCGACCGCCGCUACCUGCUUCACGGGCCUCGCCGGAGCCCCCCGGGGCGCGCGCCCCCCGCCUCAUCCGGACGCCGCGCGCGCCGCCAUCUUGAGCGGGGCAGGGAGGAGAAGGAGGGAAGCAGCCAUGGUGAACUUCAUCCAAGCUGUGCGUGAUCACUGGGUUCACAUCCUUGUUCCCCUGGGAUUUGUGAUUGGAUGUUAUUUGGACAGAAUGAAUGAUGAAAAGCUGUCAGCCUUCAGAAACAAGAGCUUACUAUAUAGAAGAGAAUUGAAACCUGGUGAAGAAACUACAUGGAAAUAGAAGCUGCUAAUGAAAUGGGAAAUAUCUUCAUUUGAUUAAUCAACUUAUAUAACAAGUUCAAAGAACAGGAUUAUGGUUUUUAUUCUUGAAAGAACGUAUAAGGCUACAGAAAGGAACACCUACGAUUCAUCUCUGCUAGUUUAAUUUUCAGUCCUCAUUUUUGAAAGAUAAUUAUGUGACUAGUAAAUGUCCUGUUCAGAAACAUUUGUCCCCAGAAGUCAUACUCUGGAAGAGGGAGGAAGACUUACGUAAUAAAGAAAAACUAUGGAAAAAGCA